GGAGACCAGCAAAAAAGUUACAACCCAAACAAGCGAUACGCCAGUAAAUAUUGAAGUUACCCAAUCUAGAAUUAUACCAGUACAAGAAACAUUCGAUAAUAAUUACGAUGGACAGUCCGUCUUGGAUUCGAGCAUUCUUGAAGCAAACGAGCGCGCUAUUCAUGAUGUGGUGUCAGAACCGGACACAUCGUUAGAACCUGAAGAUAUCCGUAUUCAAGCAUUGAAUAAUAUGUUUGAUAUAUGUUCCUGGAUUGCCCACAGACCGAACUAG